CCGCCGCGACUCGUUCAACCCCAGCCGCAUGUUCGCCGCGGUCGAGUCGACGAGCAUAAAACCCGUCCGCACGCGGGCUAUGCUCCUUACCUCCUUCCACCACCACCUCCCAUGGACCACACGGAAGCGGGGUCUAUUCCUCCCAGCGACGACUCCGGGUCCAGUGGCGGCAAGUACCGUCUCCUCGUACUCACAGUCUACUCAUCCACUGAUCAAUACUAUCCAGGUCACCCGCCGCUACCCUGCAAGAUAGUACGACUCUACGGAGCGACGCUCCCAAUCGCGGCUGAGUCUCCUGCCUCGCCCGUCCUCGCUGCCUCCCGUGGGCUCUCCUUGUCGUCCGCCAGCCGCGCCCGCCCGUGCCGCGGCUCCCAAAGUGCGAGCAAGGAUGACCGGCCCACGUCAAUGCCGGUCUCUGGCCUCGUCGUUCGCCAGCCUCCCCUGGAUCGAGUUCGUGCUCGUGGUCCCCCGCUCCGGGAUGGCUCCCAAUGUGCGCUCGAGGCUCGGAGAACCGGCUUGUUCUCUUAACUUAUUCGCGUUCGGUCUCGGUUCUCGUCUCGGUCUCUCGGCUUCUCUCGCGCGGGAUGGCCGCCGCAAAACUCCUCUCCGCGAUCUCCUUGUCGUCCGCCGGUCCCCGCCUGGUCCUCGAUCUGUCAGCCAGCCCCUGGGACUACUCAAGCGCGAGCAAGGGCGACCCUCCGGACUGGGGACACUUCUCUGGGCGGUCGAUCGUCGGCGCUGUCUCUUUUCUGGACUCGGUCUCUCUCCCUCUCUUCCUCUUCCUCUUAGACUCUGUCGGGAACACCGUGCAAAAACCAAAAACUCCUCUCCGCGAUCCCCUCGUCGUUCGUCAGCCCUCCUCCCAGUCGUCGGUCUACUCUGGGACUCGGGGCUCUUCAAGCGCGAGCGAGGCGACCCUCCGGAUUGGGGACGAUACCCUGCACGGCUGUCGCCUCUGUAUUAUAUCUAGUCUCUCUCGGUCUCUCUUCGACACCCGCGCGGGGUAACCGCUCCAAAACUCCUUUCUGCGAUCUCCUUGUCGUUCGCCGGUCCCGGUCCUGGUUCUCGAGCUGUCAUCCAGCACGCACCC